CGCUUGCCCAGUGGCUGCGUGGAGCCUAGGCUUCUUGAUCGACGCGGGCCGAGGGUCAGACAUUGUGAGUGACAAUCCAAAGUUGUCGCCAUGUCGCGUUUCUUUACCACUGGCUCAGACAGUGAGUCAGAAUCAUCGCUCUCUGGAGAUGAAUUAGUAACCAAACCUGUUGGAGGCAAUUUUGGGAAACAGCCUCUGCUGCUGAGUGAGGAUGAAGAAGAUACAAAGAGAGUUGUACGCAGUGCUAAAGACAAAAGAUUUGAGGAACUAACCAAUUUGAUCAAAACAAUACGGAAUGCUAUGAAGAUCCGAGAUGUCACCAAAUGUCUGGAGGAAUUUGAGUUGCUGGGCAAGGCUUAUGGGAAGGCCAAGAGUAUUGUUGACAAGGAAGGGGUGCCCCACUUCUAUAUCCGCAUCUUGGCAGAUCUUGAGGACUAUCUCAACGAGGUUUGGGAAGACAAGGAAGGCAAGAAAAAAAUGAACAAGAACAAUGCCAAAGCACUGAGUACCCUCCGCCAGAAGAUCCGGAAGUACAACCGAGAUUAUGAAACCCAGAUAACUGCUUACCGCCAGAAUCCUGAGCUGUCAGCUGAUGAAGAUGAGGACAAGAAAAGUGAUGAUUCAGAGGGAUCUUCUUCCUCAAGUGAGGAUGAUGAUGGAAUAAGUGCCUCAGCCUUCUUGAAAAAGAAAGAGGGAGCAGCUGAGAGUCGCAGCAAGUUUCUCAAAAAGAUAGAGGACGAAGAUGAGGAAGAAGAGUCAGAUGACGAUGAAGAUUGGGGCUCAUCAGAUUCAGAAUCUGAUUCAGAGUCAGAUGAAGAUGAGGGCAAAUACACCUCCUUGGCUUCAAAAUUCCUUAAGAAAAUUGGCACAGAGGAGGAAAAGAGGAUUCUGGAGAAGAAAAAAGAAGAGAAAGCAAAGAAAAAACAAGACCGUAAAUCCAAAAAGUAUGAAGAUGAUGAAGAAGAUGAAGGAGGCGAAUGGGAAAAAGUCAAAGGGGGUGUCCCUCUGGUUAAGGAAAAGCCAAAGAUGUUUGCUAAGGGCACAGAGAUCAACCAUGCUGUGGUAGUGAAGAAACUCAAUGAAAUUCUACAGGCUCGUGGCAAGAAAGGCACCGAUAGAGCUGCCCAGAUCGAUCUUCUGCAGCUUUUGGUUGGAAUUGCAGCAGAGAACAACCUGGGGGUGGCCAUUGACCUCAAAAUCAAGUUCAACAUCGUUGCCUCUUUAUAUGACUACAAUCCCAACUUAGCUACAUACAUGAAGCCAGAGAUGUGGCAAAAAUGUCUCAGCUACAUUGAUGAGCUUCUGGACAUCCUCUUUGCACAUCCCAACAUCUUCAUCGGACAGAACAUUGCAGAAGAUUCUGAAAACCUGGCCAACACUGAGCAGCCCCUUCGCAUACGUGGAUGCAUCUUGACCUUGGUGGAGCGGAUGGAUGAGGAGUUUGUUAAAAUCAUGCAAAACACAGACCCCCAUUCUCAAGAAUACGUUGAUCACCUGAAGGAUGAGGCCCGAGUCUGCAAGAUCAUAGAACAGGUGCAGACUUAUCUGCAGGACAAGGGAACUACAGAUGAAGUCUGCCGUAUUUACCUGCGCUCCAUCCUCCAUACCUAUUACAAGUUUGACUACAAGGCUCACCAGCGCCAGCAAGGCCCAGCAGGAGAUAGCAAGUCCGAACAAGACCAAGCAGAAAACGAGGGGGAGGAUUCGGCAGUGCUGAUGGAGCGCCUUUGCAAAUUCAUCUACGCCAAGGAUCGGACAGACCGGAUCCGCACCUGUGCCAUUCUCUGCCAUAUUUAUCACCAUGCCUUGCAUGAUCGCUGGUACCAGGCCCGUGACCUGAUGCUCAUGAGCCACCUCCAAGAUAAUAUCCAGCAUGCGGACCCUCCUGUGCAGAUCCUGUAUAACCGGACAAUGGUUCAGCUGGGGAUCUGUGCCUUCCGCCAGGGCUUGAUCAAAGAUGCCCAUAAUGCUUUGCUGGACAUUCAGUCAAGUGGAAGAGCAAAGGAGUUGCUAGGGCAGGGUCUCCUGAUGCGUAGCAUGCAAGAGCGCAACCAGGAGCAAGAGAAGAUUGAGAAACGUCGGCAGGUUCCUUUCCACAUGCAUAUCAACCUGGAACUCCUGGAGUGUGUCUACCUGGUCUCUGCCAUGCUGCUUGAGAUCCCUUAUAUGGCUGCUCAUGAGUUUGAUGCCCGCCGGCGAAUGAUCAGCAAGCAGUUCCACCAUCAGCUGCGGGUGGGCGAGCGCCAGCCUCUUCUUGGCCCCCCUGAAUCGAUGAGAGAACAUGUUGUAGCAGCGUCCAAGGCUAUGAAGAUGGGUGACUGGAAGACAUGUCACCGUUUCAUUGUCAAUGAGAAAAUGAACGGAAAAGUCUGGGAUCUGUUUCCCGAGGCUGACAAAGUGCGCAGCAUGCUUGUCCGGAAGAUCCAAGAAGAGUCUCUCCGGACCUAUCUCUUCACCUACAGCAGUGUCUAUGACUCAAUCAGGUACCGUGAUGGGCUUGUAGGCUACCUGUGGAAUCUCUCAGUGCGUACAAGCUAUUCUGUGCCUUUCAAACUUUUCUAGGCCUCCUUAGAUCAGCCAACCCAGACAGUUGUGAUGCAUCGAACAGAGCCCACCACCCAGCAGAACCUGGCAUUGCAGCUGGCUGAGAAGCUGGGCAGCCUUGUGGAAAACAAUGAGAGGGUCUUUGAUCAGAAGCAGGGCACUUACGGUGGCUACUUUCGGGACCAAAAGGAUGGCUAUCGUAAGAACGAAGGGGGCUACAUGCGGCGGGGAGGAUAUCGGCAGCAAGAACGUCAGAGCAACUACUAAACCCAGAGCCGCUUUUAUUCAGUUAAUUGGGAGGGAGGGAGAUUACCAGUUACCAUAAUUCAAACAGGUCCAAUAAAAAGAACUUACUGAAAAGGAAGUAUGUGUAGUGUCCUUGGGAAUAGGCCAAGUAAAUUAAUUAAAGAGAACGACAAGACUCAUCAGGAUCCAUUGCAUUCCCCAACCUUCAAGAGUUACUAUUUGGCCCUAGAAUGAAAGAAUAACUGUAGCGUGGGAUCCUGAGAAAUCUUAGGACUGACGUUCUUUUCAUUUUCAGUCUUAAUAGGAUCAGAAAUGCAAAGACAAGGAAUUUCUCUUCAGUGAAGGUUUAUUAAAGAUGGUAUUCUCAAAAAUCAGAUCUGAAGAAACAACUCUUAAGUAACCCUUGCUGGAGCAUUAUUCUAUGCAGCUCUUAUGUUGAAUAUCUGAAAGUAAAUAAACCAUCUGUGUGAGGCA